AUGUCGUCCUCGGCCCCUCCUCCAACCAUUAUCAUCAACGUUCCGGGGACGGCGGCUGCUUCAGCAGCCCGGCACGUAGCACCAUCUACAACGACUAGUCCCUUAGCAGAGACGGUAUCUGCUAUUCCAAAAGCAAGACCUCAGAAACCCGUCCUGGUCAAGUCGUGCUACCUAUGCGACGAACAGAAUCCAGGCGACUUCUCCCCGACGACCAAGUUUCUCGAGACCUGUCUUCUAUGUUCCCGCCAUUUCUGUCCCAUCCACAGGUCCGAAAACUGGGACCAGGUCUGCAACAUCAACCAUUCCAGCUACUAUCACGAAUGUCUGGGAAGGGCACGCGAAGAACUUGCUACCCAGGACAAAGACUCGGAGAGCAGCAAGCGCGCGAUUGCCGAAAUGCUCAUCAACGAAGGCAUUUUCCCUAGCCUAGGGGAGCGGGAGAAGGCCAUUUUCUCAACCAGCCCCGUCAGCGAUGCCAAGAUGCAGGAGCUGGAAAGCUUCCGUAGUCUCGAUGCUGCCUUGGCUGGCACCAGUACCAAGCCGAAGACCCAGUUGAUCGAGGAGCGGGAUGUAGUGGGCGCUGAUAUUGCUGUGUGA